AUGGAAAUGGAAAUCAGUCAGGAUCUCACCGAUCGUUCCCUGGCCUUGAGGCGUUCCCAGAGGAUACGUUCCAGGGACGAAAGGAGACGACGUGAAGAAAUGGAGCGUAAAGAAAUUGAAGAACGCAAAACCCUGAUGCGUGUACCAAAGCGUCUCACAAAACAUCCCGUUCGCAAAUCUCCUGCCAAUUCUUCCACCACCACCGUGCCACCCAAGAAGAAAAAACUUUACGAUUGCGGCUUAUCACAACAAAACACUUCAACCGCUCACCUUUCCAAUCUUCCUCUGGAUAUUUUGUUAUACAUGUUGGAAUUCCUGGGACCAUCUCUUGCGACCAUGGAGCGAGCCUCAAAAUCAUUUCAUCGCAUCAUUCGUGGUCAACACAGCCCAUAUAGAUUUCUAUAUUACAAAUUAUUGGCAACGUAUUGUCCGAAUGAUGGGGUUUCAAUCUUUGAGAAUGGCGAACACGAACACGCGAUCCACGCAACAGUUCUGCCGAAAAUAUACAAGACCCUCGUUAAGAAGGAGUCCAAGGAGUGCAAAGUGUCCAAUUGGAAAAUUCAGUUUGUGGAAUCACAUAAAUAUUAUGUCACCCAGGUAUGCACAAUUUGUGGUGAGGCCGGUGACCCGAUUCCGGUUUGGGAAGUGCGUUUGUGUAGGUUCUGUGUCGUCAGGCAAUUGAUUAACAAGAGCGCGUUGCCUGCAUUUUCCCUAACUUCAAAAGAGAUCGAGGUGCUCAAGCCGUGGAAGACCUAUGUGUAUGACCUCGGCAUGCACUGCACCUUUUACCUUCGUGCUCAUCUUGAUCAUCUCCGACGGCAAAAGUUCUCGGAUCCGCAAGCCGUUCUGGAUGCUAAUGUGAGCAAACGUCAGGCCGAAAGGUUUGGCAAGGAAAACGCCAAACGCAAGAGAAAACAAAGGGAACAAGAGGAAUCGUUUACAGAACGAACUUCGGCCAUUCUUCGAUGCUUCGAAGAACUCCGCUUAAAACGAGAUUUAUCCGUCAUGGACGAAUGGUGGUUUCCAAAGGAACUCAAGUUGGAAAUACAUGAGUAUAUCUCCAACAAGACCAACAACAGUUUGGCUCGCAAGCGCCUCCGUCUAUCCAUUGAACAAGACAUCAGCAAUUCGAACACUCCGUCACCAUCGCCGUUGGCCAAAAGCAAGUCUCUACAUAAAAAUCUGGACGAGAUAAUGACCGAGUUACGUCAUGUGGUGGUCCCACGUGUCGAAAGACUGAUGGAGCUAAACAGUAGGCUGUUCGGUGAUGGUAUUGCCAUUGAUAAGUUGCGGAUGGAUCUGGAUCUCAAGACGCGAAGGAUCUACGAUGACUUUGUGCUAGGCGGAUUGCCUUACGAGCACCAGCUGACAGUCUCGAGGACGCGCAGUGAGAUUCUCAAUUAUUUCAAACGCGAAGAAGCCUUCGAAUCCUCCAUCACAAACACUUUUCGAACCUCCGUUACACCUGAAGAUUUUCUGUGCGUGUCUAUUGAUCCAAAGAGAUUCCUACAGGAUGCUCGUGAGUGGUGGGCUCGCCGCGGAAAGAAACCGCCGCCAGAAAAAUGCGGAGAGUUAUACCUCGCCCGUGUUCGUAAGCGUCAAUUGCGAUUUAGAAACGAUGUGUCUUCGCUGAAAACUCAAGAGAAUUGGAGACGGGAGUUGCUGGAGCGAAAAUUACGUGAAAAGGUUGACUGGUAUUUCACCGAUUUACCUAGAUACAUAGCUGAGUUGAAAAAUCUAUACGAACGUAAUUUUAUACGGCGGAUGAAAAGCAAGGAAUAUUGCUUGAUGAAGGGUUUGUCAUCACAGUACGACAUGGAAGAACCGCCAGAAAGGUUGAAGAUGAUGUAUGGCGACUACGAAGAUUUCAUAAAGAACUGUAAUGGGUUCUGCUCGACUGACGAUGGUUAUUGCGGUUGCCUGGAAUAUGCCGCAAAAGAUAUAAUCAGAGCGAAUACGGUAUUAAGACGAAGGGACUGGAUGGACGCACAACUGAGGAAAUUCCAAGAGAUCGAGUACCGCGGUCCUGAUUACUUGUUGUGUCCCGAGGCCAAGGAAGAAUAUCAUUAUGCUGCUAGAAAUGUAUCCGUUCCAAAACGAGCUGCGGUAAUGUACAUUUGCCGUGCCGAACGGUUUAUGCGACGACUUAUUCGCGAGGUUCCAUCUUUCGCCACAGAAUUAAUCACCGCGGAGGCGCGUGAUUGGUACAAACGUUUCCUCGGCAUCGUCUCAGAUUUCUAUGAUCCUCCACGUCGCCCUUGUUCAUGGACGGCAUUCACAACCCAUUGCUAUUACUACGAAGUUCACAACAAUACGAUGGACCGCCCGGAAAUUGAUUACACCAUACAAAAGAUCCGAGAGUGUGAGAGUAAUCGCAUAAGUCGUUUAACACAAGCUGAUUGCGUGGCCAAGCAGGCACGAUUGAGUCCAAGUUUCUGGAACAAGUCGAUGGUCAAAAGGCCGAUGGACGGCGUCUCAUUUGCGACCAGAGUUAGGUGGAUAGCUUCAAACGGCUGGUUCUCGUUGAACCAAUUGGCUCAGGCUUGGAUUUAUGAUGAAGAGCAAGCUCCGUUGAGUCAGCUGGAACCUUAUAUCAAAGAGAAGGUCAAACAGAUGGAGAGGGAACGGCGUAAAGAGGAAAUCACGUCAAGGAUCAAGGAUGAUCCCGAAUAUCAAAAGAUUUUCAAGGAAAUUGACGAGGAUGCCGAGUUUUUCUUGCGUGCUACCUACGAGAUUAACACCAUCUACAAGGUGUCCAACCUUUAUAAAGCUCAUGUUGAAGAUGUAAAACCGGGAAUCGACCCCGCGAGAGUUGUGCGACAGGUCAUUGAUCUCAUCAGAGAUGUCAAAACCGGGGUCAUCAGCAAGAGUAGCUUGUUCGUUUCCGAUCGGGAAAAGUUGGCUGAAGAGGAAGACGACAAUGAUGACGACAACAAUGGUGCCAUCGUUAACAAUGGCACCGUCGGUAAUGCUGGUGUUCACAUAAAUAACAAUGUCAUUCCUGCGAUCACGAACGCGACAAAUAUUAAUGGCACUGGUGUUGUGCAAGCCGUGGGCAGCAACGCCAUUCCUGCGAACAUACCACCACCAAACCCUUCGGUGAACGCAAUAAUUCAGGGCAUUCAAAUAAUGCAAGCGAGAGGAGGCGCCGCGGCGUCUACCAAUCCUUAA